CCUGAUUUCAUGAAUCAGGGUUCUGCCAUGCUGUGGUUUUGCGCAGAAUGAUAUUGAUUUAUGACCUGAUUAAAUUUCAUAAUAUGCAAGGGCACGUCUAACUCUAUUCUAACUCCAGAAUAUUAAUACUAAGCGGCUGUCUGUCGUGUGUUGACCACUGCCAUGAUUUCCAUUAACAGUUAAGGCGUAGUUAAAAAAAAGUUUAGUUAUCGACAAUUAUAAUUGACGGCUUAUCGCCAGCAAUAGGAGACAGCAGUGUGUCAUCAAAACAUUCAUUCAACAGCCGUGACGCUUAAACAAUUUAACCAGGCUUUCCCGAGGCGUGUCUACGAAUUUUCCACUUGUUUUUAGAAGUUUCUUUUUACUUUUGCGCUACGUGGCAAUGCUUUGUACGACUCGUGUCCUGUGGUUUGCUCCUCGGUGUUAGCCCUUGGGUCGGUGGCGCAGGUAUUGGCUUCUAGGUGUGGCAACCAAUCCGCCUCAACCUAUGCAUCUCUUACUAAAGAUCUCAUUAGUCGCCACUGAAUCAUUUCCCCUUUCGCCACUGGGGAGUCGGUAGAUGCAUUGACGAUGUUAGGUUGAAUGCGGUCGUUGCAAACUGCCUGCUGUUUGGGGAUGUCAAAAUGCUUCGUUUGAUAGUAGAAUCAGCCAGUAAUCUUCCAGGGUCAACAUUCGGAACGCCGGACCCGAUAGCAUCGGUCACCUUUAAAGGUGAAAAGAAGAAAACCAAGUCGAUUGAUAAUGAAUUGAACCCAGUGUGGAAUGAGAAAAUUGAAUUUGAUUUGAAGGGAGAGGCCCUAAAUGCUUCCUCAUCAAUUCAUGUGGUGGUUAAGGACCAUGAGACAAUUGGAAAAGAUAAGUUUAUUGGUUCUGCAACAGUAUCCUUGAGAGACCUUGCAAGUGGUCAGAAAACAUUGCCUUUGAAGAAUAUCUCUUUGCUCACUGAGAAGAAACAGCCAACAGGGGCAUCAAUAAACUUGGUGGCCACUUAUGAACCACCUCCUGGAUCUGGACCACCGAACCCAUCUGAUCUUGGAGACUCCACUACACAAGAAUCUGGUGGAGGAGAUGAAGGUGAUGAAGAUGAUGUGGAGGGUGGAGCAGGGGAUGGAGGGGUUGCAGGAACCCCUGGCGUACCAGCCCUUCCAGGAGCGAGAAGGCCCCGGAGGAAGAAAAGUAAGAGGAUGCUAUCCAACAAACCUCAGGACUUUCAGAUUCGGGUGAGGAUAAUUGCAGCACGUCAGUUGCCAGGUAAUAAUGUAAAGCCUGUAGUUAAAGUGACUGUCUGCAAUCAGACUCAUCGAACAAGGAUUCGAAGAGGAAACAACCCCCACUUUGAUGAGAUUUUCUUCUUCAAUGUAACUCAAUUGCCAGAGGAGCUAUUUGAUGAAUCAAUCCAAAUUAGAGUGUACAAUUCAUUUUCAUUGCGAUCAGAUUCACUAAUGGGAGAAUUCAAGCUGGACAUUGGUUAUGUAUAUGAUGAACCUGGACAUGCUGUUUUGAGGAAAUGGCUCCUGCUUCAUGAUCCUGAAGAUACAAGUACAGGAUCGAAGGGAUACAUGAAAGUCAGCUUAUUUGUCCUGGCCACAGGAGAUGAACCUCCGAUUGAGAAAAAAGUGCAAAAUGAAGAUGAGGAUGAUGUUGAAAGCAACUUGCUGCUUCCUGCAGGCCUCACUCUUCGAUGGGUGACUUUUCUUCUAAAGAUCUACAGAGCAGAGGACAUCCCUCAGAUGGAUGAUGCCUUUGCAGAAAGUGUGAAGUCAAUAUUUGGAGUAGGAUCUGACAAGAAAAACCUUGUGGAUCCAUAUGUGGAAGUUAGCUUUGCUGGGAAAAAACUUUGUACAAAGAUAAUAGAAAAGAAUGCAAAUCCUGAGUGGAACCAAGUUCUCAACCUUCAAGUCAAGUUUCCGUCAAUGUGCGAGAAAUUACGCCUGACACUUUUUGAUUGGGAUCGGCUGACUGGAAAUGAUGCAAUUGGGACAGCAUAUUUGUACCUCUCCAAGAUAGCUUCAUCUGGUGGCGAAGUUGAAGAUGAUGAGGGAACUGGGGCUUCUCCAUCAAAUGAAGGGGAAACUGGAGAUGAAUCAAUAGGAUUUCUUCCAGCUUUUGGCCCUGCUUUUAUCAACUUUUAUGGGAGCCCCAGAGAAUAUACUGGCUUUCCUGAUCCUUAUGAAGACUUGAACCAUGGAAAGGGCGAGGGAGUUUCAUAUCGUGGUCGACUAUUAGUUGAACUAAUCACUAAACUUGAAGGUAGUCCAGAGAAGAAGUUGGAAGACCUACCAAGUGAUGAUGUUUUGGUUGUUCAGAAAUAUCAACGCCGACGCAAGUACAGUCUUUGUGCUGUCUUUUAUGCUGCAACUAUGCAGCAAGAAGUUGGAGAUGCCAUUCAGUUUGAAGUGAGCAUGGGCAAUUAUGGUAACAAAUUUGACAAAACCUGCAGGCCUUUGGCUUCCACUACCCAGUACAGUAGAGCAGUGUUUGAUGGUAACUACUACUAUUUUCUACCUUGGGCAAACACAAAGCCUGUGGUGACCCUGACUUCUUACUGGGAAGAUAUCAGUCACAGGUUGAAUUCAGUGAACAUCCUCAUAAAAAUGGUCCACAGAUUGGAAGUGAACUUGACAAAACUGAAGACUGCUAUACAAGCCAAAGUUGCAGAGGAACCUCUGGCUGAAUUCUGGUUCAAAGUUAUUGAACAGGUUAUAGAAGAAUGCAGCCAGCCCUUGCCAAAUAUUGAAGGUAAACCUAAUGUAACACAGCUUGAUUUGCAAAUCCUCAAGAUGCGUAAAAGCGCACUGGUGUCUAUUAUGGAAUCCGCAACAAGAUUGCGAAACGAAGCAAGUGAUCCUAAGGAAACAAUCACUGAUAUUGAAGGCUGGCUGGAGACCCUUAAGUUGUUGGCUGAAGAGCCACAAAAUAGCAUGCCUGACGUUAUCAUCUGGAUGAUAUGUGAUGAGAAACGAGUUGCUUUUGCGCGAAUUCCGGCUCAUGACCUACUUUACUCAACCACAAGUGAAGAAGCCUGCGGCAGAUACUGUGGGAAGACGCAGACCAUAUUCUUGAAGUACGUGGAAGACAAAAGCAAAAAUUCUAAAAUACCAACUCAGUUGCGUGUUCGUUUUUGGCUUGGACUUUCAGCUGUGGAGAAAAAAUUCAACAGCUUUUCUGAAGGGAACUUCAGUGUAUUUUCAGAAUUGUACGAAAACCAAAUGCAGACUGGGAAAUGGGGCACUAGUGGGCUUGUGGGACGCCACAAGUUUUCUGAUGUGACUGGUAAAAUAAAACUGAAAAAAGAGAGCUUCAUGCCUCCAAAAGGCUGGGAAUGGGAAGGUGACUGGUUUGUUGAUCCUGAAAGAAGCUUGUUAACAGAAGCUGAUGCUGGUCACACAGAAUUUAUCGAUGAAGUUUACGAAAAUAACUCUCGCUAUCCUGGAGCUGAAUGGAAAUUGGCAAAGGAGCCUUUUACUGAUGUGAAUGGAGAAAAGAGCUCAUCAAAAGAAGAGAUUGAGCCUCCAGCUGGCUGGAACUGGAUGGAUGAGUGGGUAUAUGAUGUCAAUCGAGCUGUAGAUGAGCAGGGUUGGGAAUAUGGAAUAACCAUUCCCCCAGAUGACAAACCCAAAUCCUGGGUUUCAACAGAAAAAAUGUAUCACACCCAGAGACGUAGACGCUGGGUGAGAAGGCGCAAAAAAGACGUCCAGCAAAAUGUGUCGUCGUCUAAGGGUACGUCAUCUGACCAGGAUUCGGAAGGAUGGGAAUAUGCAUCUCUGAUUGGCUGGAACUUUCACAUAAAGCAGCGGAAAUCGGACACUUACAGACGCAGAAGAUGGAGAAGAAAAAUGGCACCAUCUGGACAAUUAGGGGCUGCAGCAAUCUUCAAACUGGAAGGUGCUCUUGCUCCAUCUUCUAGUGAGGAUGGUGAUAAAUCGCCAACAGAUUCUAUAUUUGGGAUCAAGUGCUCCUAUGAUCUCCUGUGUGUUUUGACCGAAGUAACAAGGAAACUGGUGCCCCAUACUUGGAAGGAAUUUGAUAAGGUGCUAUACGUGAGGUUGUUACAGAAGACUAAACCAUAUGGAGGGCCUUUAAUUUUUCACCUCCGUUGCUACAUUUUUCAAGCCAGAAACAUGAUUGCUAUGGACAAGACAAGCUUUUCUGAUCCGUAUGCACAUGUUUCAUUUCUUCAUCAAAGCAAGACAACAGAAGUCAUCAAAUCUACUCUCAAUCCAACCUGGGACCAGACCCUAAUUUUCAAUGAUAUUGAUAUCUAUGGUGAUCCUGCAAAUUUGAUUCAAAAUCCACCAAAUGUGGUGAUAGAAAUAUUUGAUGAAGACCAAGUUGGAAAAGACGAAUUUUUGGGCAGGGUGCCUUUGUCCCCGGUUGUGAAGCUGAAUCCCAGUGCAGAGGUGACACCCAAGCUCCUUUGGUACCCAGUAAAGAUGGGUACAAAGAAAUCUGGGGAGCUCCUUGUUGCUGCGGAACUGAUGUUGAAAGAUAAACCUGAUGGAUCAAAUUUACCACUUCUUCCUCCAGUCCGGUCAGGUACACUGUAUAUGGUGCCUCAUGGUAUCAGACCAGUUGUACAACUUACUGCAAUUGAAAUUCUAACGUGGGGGUUACGGAACAUGAAGAGCUACCAGCUGGCAGCUGUUACUUCCCCAAGUCUCAUUGUGGAAUGUGGCAACAAGUAUUUGGAAUCUGCUGUGAUCAAGAGCCUUAAAAAAUGUCCAAAUUUUCCCCGCUCUGUCCUCUUCAUGAAAGUGUAUCUUCCGAAAGAAGAAAUGUACACUCCUCCUAUUGUCAUAAAGGUAAUUGACCACAGGCCAUUUGGACGUAAACCUGUGGUUGGACAAUGCACAAUUCAUUCUUUGCAAGAAUAUCGGAUUGAUGCCUAUGCUGAAAAAGAAACUGUUGGAAUGCAAUCUAAAGUAUCUUUACUUUCAAAUGCUCGUGAUUGUGUUAUUGAUGUAGAAGACAACCAGAAACCUCUCCUGGAAUCACAGUUUGUAGACAGUUUCACCAAAGCAGUCGUCAAAAUGACUACUACAUCAGCACUGCAUGAGGAUGAUUCGAUCGAUUGGUGGAGCAAGUUUUAUGCAUCUGCAGGAGAGCAUGACCGAUGUGGCAAAUAUCUUCAGAAGGGUUAUGAUAUGCUAAAGGUGUAUGACACAGAACUGGAGGAUGUCCCUGAAUUCAAAGGGCUGACUGAUUUCUGCCAGACAUUUAAACUCUUCAGGGGCAAAUCUGAGGAUGAUGAAGAUCCAUCAGUUGUGGGUGAAUUUAAGGGUUCCUUCAAAAUUUAUCCUUUAAGUGAUGAUCCUGCUGUUAAAAUGCCUCCACGCCAGUUUUUAGAGCUACCUGAUAGUGGAACUCAGGAAUGUUUGGUGCGAAUUUACAUCAUACGAGCCAUUGACUUACAACCGAAAGAUAAUAAUGGCAAGUGUGACCCAUAUGUGAAGAUCAGCUUGGGUAAAAAAUCAAUAGAAGAUAGAGACAAUUAUGUUCCUAACACUUUGAACCCAGUGUAUGGCAGGAUGUUUGAAAUUACUUGCAAUUUACCUACGGAGAAAGAUCUCAAAAUUGCACUCUAUGAUUUUGAUUUGUUGUCACGUGAUGAAAAGGUUGGAGAGACUAUUAUUGAUUUGGAAAACAGACUUUUAUCACGCUUUGGAGCUUGUGUUGGAUUGCCCCAAUCAUAUUCUAUAUCUGGAGUAAAUGCGUGGCGCGAUCAGCUCAAACCAUCCCAGCUGUUGAACAAUUUGGCAAAGAUGAAGGGCCUUUCUCCACCUGUUAUCACUAGCAGCAGACUCUCCUAUAACGGUCAAGAAUAUGUACUAAAUGAAAUUGAAGGUAACAAAACUUUAAAUGAGCAUCUUGGACUUCCCGAGGAACGUCUAGCACUUCACGUUUUGCGGCAGCAAGGACUUAUACCAGAGCACGUGGAAAUGAGGACAUUGUACAGCACCUUUCAACCCAACCUUGCACAGGGAAAGCUUCAGAUGUGGGUUGACGUUUUCCCAGUGAGUCUAGGCCCACCUGGGCCACCGUUUGAUAUUACACCCAGAAAGCCCAAGAAACAUUUCCUUCGCUGUGUAAUAUGGAAUACCAGUGAUGUCCUUCUGGAUGAAAAGAGCAUUACUGGAGAAGAGAUGAGUGAUAUCUAUGUUAAAGGCUGGAUGGGUGGGUAUGAAGGUGAGAAGCAGAAGACAGAUGUGCACUACAGGUCCCUAGGAGGAGAAGGAAACUUCAAUUGGAGGUUUGUCUUCCCAUUCGAGUACCUCCCAGCUGAACAGCUUUGUGUUGUCUCCAGGAAGGAAAACUUCUGGAGUCUUGACAAAACAGAGUUCAGGACACCUCCAAAACUAUUCAUCCAAAUAUGGGACAAUGAUAAAUUUUCCAUGGAUGACUAUUUGGGUGUCCUUGAGUUGGACCUGAAUUCAACAAUAAGUCCAGCCAAAACAGCCAAAGGAUGUAACCUGGAUAUGCUGCCAAAUGAGAAGGAUAUUAGUGCUAAAGCUUCAAAAGUGACUUCACUUUUCUCUCAGAAAUCCAUAAAUGGAUGGUGGCCAUGUGUCCAAGAGAAAGAUGGCAAGCGUAUUUUGGCUGGUAAAGUUGAAAUGACACUGGAGAUUGUCACUGAACAAGAGGCUGAGGAAAAACCUGCUGCCAAAGCAAGAGAUGAACCCAACAUGAACCCAAAACUGGAGCCUCCAAACCGUCCAGAAACGUCUUUCCUGUGGUUCACCAGUCCUUGCAAGACUAUGAAAUACAUCAUCUGGCGCCGAUUCAAAUGGAUAUUUCUUGGGAUCAUAAUACUGCUGCUUGUAGUUUUGUUCCUUGGGAUCUUCUUUUAUUCAUUGCCGAACUAUCUAUCCAUGCGAAUUGUGAAUCCCAUCUAAGGAUUGGCCGGUCCUCCUACAACAGAAAUUCUGUUGAAUAGCUGGUACAGGAACAUUCAUUUCAUAUGUCUACAACCUCGUGGCCUAAAGGAUAGAAAUGAACUGAGGUUAGGAAGGCGACAAGAUCUACAUUUACCAAGGUUAGCCAAGGUUCAUGGGGUCAUGACUGGGCCAUUUAUCAGUGAUUCCAUGUUAAUGUGCUGACCCUGAUGACCAGGAUCCUGCUGGUUUAAUCCCAGCUUUUCUGCAAUUGACUGUUUGUUUAGCAGGUGCCUCUCCUAGUUAUGAAAUACCGGGGUUGAUUUUUGAGAUGAUGAGCUAAGCUAAAGUGUUAUAAAACAAUGGCUAUUGAAGGUGGUUGGUUUGCUAAUCUGUUAUAGUAUAGAUUUAAAAUAUGCAAAUUUAUGGGACUUUUAUAGAAUAUCAUUUUAUAAAAAAUAAAACUUAAUUCAAAAGUGGAAAUGCUUUCACUUGGUGUGCAUGUGUCCUGCAGGAAUGGAAGAAACUGGUGGUUGACAUUCCAUUGAUUAUAUAAAGUGUAGAAAUAUUGUACUAGGCAAAGGCUCAAUGGUUCAUGAAUUUGUUCAAGUGCUGUGUUUUGAAUUUGGACCAAAUGUGUAAUUUAAAUGCAUACUAAAGUGUUAUCAAUAUGUACCUUCUGUACUCAAUAUUGGUUGCUUAUAAAUCAUUUCAUCAGCUCUA